AUGACAUUUGAACGAAGCUUCAAGUUUAUGCGAGAGGCUGAAGACCAGCUGAAAGUCAUUCCUCUGUUCUGUUUCCCUGAUGCUAAAGACUGGGCACCUGUGGACAGUUUCCCCAGUGAAACGUUUUCGUUUGUCUUAACCGGAGAAGAUGGCCGGAGAUUUGGCUACUGUCGACGUUUACUGCCCAGCGGUAAAGGGAGGCGUCUACCUGAAGUGUACUGCAUUGUGAGCAGACUGGGCUGUUUUGAUCUCUUCUCCAAGAUCCUGGAUGAGGUAGAGAAGCGACGAGCCAUUUCUCCUGCGCUGGUCCAGCCGUUUAUGAGAGGAAUUAUGGAGGCUCCGUUCCCAGCGCCGGGAAGAACCAUCAGCAUUAAGAACUUUCUGCCGGGUUCAGGGACCGAGGUGAUAGAAUUAUCGCCUUCAGAUUCCCGUCUGGAGCACGUGGAUUUCGAGUGUUUGUUUUCCUCUCUGAGCUUGCGUCUGCUUCUGCGGGUGUUUGCUUCUCUUCUGCUGGAGCGGAGGGUCAUCUUCACCGCAGAUAAACUCAGCACCCUCUCUAAAUGUUGUCAUGCCAUGGUGGCUCUGCUGUACCCCUUCACCUGGCAGCACACAUACAUCCCGGUCCUGCCGCCGUCCAUGAUGGACAUUGUCUGUACACCGACUCCUUUCAUAGUCGGGCUGCUCUCCAGCUCUCUGGCCCGUCUCAAAGAGCUGCCGCUAGAGGAGGUCCUGGUGGUCGACCUCGGCAACAGUCGUUUCCUGCGACAGAUGGAUGAUGAGGAUUCGAUUCUGCCUCGUAAACUCCAGGCCGCUCUGGAACACGUUCUAGAGCGGAGGAAGGAGCUGGCGUGUGACGUGGCAGAUAAUCCUGGCGAGCCCAGUUCUCUGAGUUGUGUGGUGUCAGAGGUGUUUGUGCGGUUCUUUGUGGAGAUCGUGGGUCAUUACUCACUCUUUAUGGGCGGCAGUGACCGUGAUGAAGAAUCCUCUGCCUCGUCUUCCUCCUCUCCGACUCCCUCGUCCUUCCAGCGUGAGGCUUUUCGUAAAGCCGUGUCCUCCAAGAGCCUGCGGAGAUUCCUGGAGGUCUUCAUGGAGACGCAGAUGUUCGCGGGAUUCGUGCAGGAAAGAGACUUUCGGAGGCAGGGCCUGAAAGGUUUGUUUGAGAUGAGGGCUCAGGAUUACCUCGAUUCUCUGCCAGGCAGCGAGAACAGAGGCGUCAACAAGUUCCUCAAAGGUUUAGGACACAAGAUGAAAUUCCUGUCCAAAAAAUGAAAACUAGCCAUGUAAGAUCUGUAUGUUAGACUUACUCUCACCAGAUCGUUUGACCAAAACAGACCAGAAGUAUGGGAUACGGCAACCUAAGGACCAAAGGCGAUGGAAAACACUGUACAGUCCAUUCUAGCUCCCCAAACCAUACCUUAAAGGACUUUAUUGAAACCCAGAACAGAAGCGUCCAUGUACAGUUCUUUCUCUCGUUUUCUACAUGUAUAAGAGAUAGAGUACAACUUCUUCAGAAACAGGAGGCUAUAAAUUAAUUUAUAUUCUUUCUAGAAAUAAGAAGACCUUUAUGAAAUCCUCUGUAAAACUUUAUAUGUUUCCUCUUAAAGUCGAAAUUGUGUUGUUAGUUUGUCAUAGUAUAUUUAUCGUACGUUACAGACUCGAGAUCGUCGACUGGGUUUCCGUGAAAACACCGCCACUGUGAUUGAAUGAAGCGUUGUUCUGUGUUUAAAAACGGGGGAAAUCUAGAAUCUUGGAACUGCAGGAUCGGGAACUGUUCUAGAAUUAGUUCAGAAAAGGUUCUCGACCGAAACCAGAACGAAGUUGGAGUUUUUCUUUUCUCUGUCUUACGUGCGUUACAGAAACACCACUAAAGUUACUUUGAACUUGUUUUUUUUUUUUUUUUUUAAUAAACAGUGUUUAAUAAUACUUUA